AAGAAGGCUUGCAAUGAUCUGCGGGAUGAGCUGUGUGCACUGGCACCUCUGCUGGACAUCACUCUCCCGCUGGAUGCCGGCUUGGACGAUACGGGCAGUUCAGAAUUUCCAGCUCUGAAGACGAUACACUCGCAAGUGUCCCAGGCGGAAGCCCAGCUGGCCGAAAUGCGUUCAGAGCUGGCAGCCACACGAGGUACCAUAGUGCGUCAGGUGAAGCUUAGCUCUGACGAAUUGGCAAUCAAACUGCGUACCCAAUUCUCCACCAGUUUCCUCGGACGUCUGAUCGCUAAUCAGGAGGCUGAGAUUGAAAAG